AAAUUUGCGUGCAUUAAAAGUCAGUCAGAAUAUCAUCAUGUGUUCAAUAAUUUUGAACUCUUUCAAUGUUCAGAUGCCGCCACGUAGGGAACCCGAUCAUCCAGUUCCUUCUCAGGCUACAGUGGUCGCCCAGUUCCGCGACUAUCAUGCCGAGAAGUUCUCAGGGCAGGGAGAUCCACGCGUAGUGGAUGAGUGGAUUCAGGGCCUGGAGUUUAUCUUCGAGGUCAUGGAGUGCCCUGAGAGAUACCGCGUGUUUCUAUCGCUCCGGCAGGGUACUCGUACUGUCGACGAGUACGAGAGGGAGUUCACGAGACUUGCAACUUUCGUUCCUGAUCUAGUCCGCACGGAGGCCCAGCGAGAGCAGCGUUUCAUUGAUGGGCUUUACCCAGCAGUCCGUCAUAACAUCUUGGGCCACGGGACGCAGACGUAUGCACGUGCAGUCUCCAUUGCUCAGGAGGUGGAUGCUAGCAUUAGGAGGGAGGCCGUUCGUGGUCAGUCGUCUUCAGUUCCUCCGGUGCCAGCUCUACCAUCUACCCAGCCGCCCAAGAACAACAAGAGGAAGGAUAAGGGUGCCCAGGCAGAUAAGAGGGCCCGGCAGAGGCGUCAGCAGAUUCCACAGUGCCCGACAUGUGGACGACAUCACCGAGGCGAGUGUCACCUCGGUCAGGAUGUGUGCUACUACUGUCAUGAGCCCGGACACUUCGCGAACCGUUGUCCGAAGAAGGCUCAGCAGCCUCAGCAGCCUCAGCGGCCACUGCA